GUGAACGAAGAAGUGCAUUUUGGGUAAUUUUGAAACAUGGCGGACGACGCUGAACAGCCACAGGCCACCAACACUGUGGAAGAGCCUCUGGAUCUCAUCCGCUUGAGUUUGGAUGAGAGAAUCUAUGUGAAGAUGAGGAAUGACAGAGAGCUGCGCGGCAGACUGCAUGCCUAUGACCAGCACUUAAACAUGAUCCUCGGAGAUGUUGAAGAGACCGUGACGACUGUAGAAAUCGAUGAGGAGACGUAUGAGGAGAUUUACAAGUCAACGAAGCGUAACAUUCCCAUGCUGUUUGUUCGAGGGGACGGAGUUGUGUUAGUUGCCCCACCGCUGAGGGUUGGAUAAGUUACUUUGGCUGUGCACAGCUUACCUAAACAUUUUGCUUUGGACUCUAAAUUCUUCAAGUGAAUAGACUUUUAAGUGGACGACUUUGUUUUGAACCACAGAGUUGUAAAUCUGUUUAUUUUGAAGUUUUUUUUUUGUUUGUUUUUUUAAAUGUGGUUGUAUAUAUCAGUUCAGUUGGAACUUUUGGCUCUCAUUAAAAUACUUUGUUUGAUCUUUUUCAAAAUACAGAUAUUUUCUCAAAUGUAGCCCAAUAAAAAAAACCUUGUUAUGAUCUGUCAUGCAAAAAUGUGUUUUCUACAAAGCAUUGUAUCAGCUGCGAUGGCUGACAUUAUUCACAAUAGACCAUUUCCACAGACUGUGAUGAUGCGUUUCCGCCUUAUUUAUCAGCGUAAAUAUCGCACUUUUUUUUAUAUUAUACAUUUUUAAAAUAUUGAGUGUAAAUUUAUAAAAUUAUGCUUUGUGUUAUGUUACCCUGGAAUUAGUUUUAAAAAACAAAUUAGCACAGCUGCGAGGGGAUUUCGAUUACAGCUC